AUGGUGCCGAUACUGCUGUUGCUGCUUUUGUUGUUGUGCCAUACUGCAUGCAAGAACCAUUCCAUUAAUUGUACUACAGAGAAUGAUCCUCUUCCUAUUCCUCAUGAAUUUUACCAGCCAGGUGACUUGAUCAUUGGUGGGAUCGCCUCUCAGGUCUUCUAUGUGUAUGACCCUCCCUCUUUCAAACAACACCCCGCACAGACAGUCAAUAAUGACCCAAUUUCAGUGCCAAAGAACUACCAACAUAAUUUGGCCUUGGCAUUUGCUGUCAAAGAGAUCAACGAGAAUCCCAACCUCUUACCAAACAUCACUUUGGGUUUCCAUAUCCUCAAUAGCUACUACAAUGCAAAGAUGACCUCUAAAGCCUCCCUGAGCUUGCUUUCUACACAGACUAGGUUUGUACCCAAUUUCAAGUGUGAUAGAAAAAAUAAACUGACAUCCCCCAUUGGAGGACUUCUCUCUGAAACCACUGCCAAUAUGGCCAUGAUCAUUGCAAUCUAUAAGAUGCCACAGCUCACUCAUGGGUCAUUUUCCCCAGCACAUGCUGACAAAAUGACAUUCUCCUCCCUGUACCAAAUGGUUCCCAAAGAAGCCCAUCAAUACAUGGGGGUGAUUCGGUUACUGCGCCAUUUUAGCUGGACAUGGAUAGGGCUCCUGGCUGUGGAUGAUGAUAGCGGGGACAAGUUUUUGCAGACCAUAGGACCAAUCCUUUCUGAGAAUGGCAUCUGUUCUGCUUUCAUACUGAGAUUACCAGAACACACCUAUUUUGAUGGUAUAACAGAUUCAGUUUUAAAGCAGGCAGAAAACUUUUCAGUUCACAAUGACAGCAGAGCAAAUCUCCACUACUUUCUAAGAACCACCAUAUUCAACAACAGUGCAGGAGAUACUGUGUGUUUUGAUGACAAUGGAGAAUUAAAAACAGUUUUUGAUAUUACCAACUGGGUCAUUUUCUCAAAUGGCUCUUUUGCUAGAGUAAAAGUGGGAAGACUGGAUCCUUGGGCUCCUCAAGGCCAAGAGUUAACCCUGAAUGAUGAUCAGAUUGUAUGGCAUAGUUCCUUUAAUCAGGUAGUGCCCCAUUCUGUGUGCAAUGACAACUGCCCCCCUGGCUACAGGAGAAAAAUGAACGAGGGAAAGAAAUUUUGCUGCUAUGAUUGUGCUCAGUGUCCAGAAGGGAUGAUCACUCAGAAGCAAGACAUGAAUGACUGCAUCAAAUGUCCAUGGGAUCAUUAUUCCAACAAGCACCAAAAUCAAUGUUUUUCCAAAAAAAUAAGCUACCUCUCUUACAAAGAACCAUUAGGGAUCAUCUUAGCCGUGCUGGCUGUUUCCUUCUCUCUGAUCACAGCUUUUGUUCUCGGAAUCUUUUUGAAGCACCAGGACACUCCGAUAGUCAAAGCCAACAACCGGACCCUUACCUACAUUCUCCUAAUUUUCCUCCUGCUUUGCUUCCUCUGCUCCUUGCUCUUCAUUGGGCAGCCUGUAAAAGUGACCUGUCUUCUCCGACAAACUAUGUUUGGCAUCAUCUUCUCUGUGGCUCUUUCUAGUGUAUUGGCUAAAACCAUUACUGUGGUUCUGGCCUUCAUAGCUACAAAACCAGGAUCUGGAGUGAGGAAAUGGGUUGGGAAAAGAACGGCAAAUUCUAUUAUUCUUUCUUUCUCCUUUAUUCAAGCAGGAAUUUGCACCCUUUGGUUAAGUACUUCCCCUCCAUUCCAAGAUGCAGACAUGCAGUCACUGACAGAGAAAAUCAUAUUGGUAUGCAAUGAGGGCUCAGCUGCCAUGUUUUACUCUGUCCUGGGCUAUCUGGGCUUCCUGGCCAUUGUCAGCUUCACAGUGGCUUUUCUAGCUAGAAAGUUGCCCGACAGUUUCAAUGAAGCCAAGUUUAUCACUUUUAGCAUGCUGGUCUUUUGCAGUGUUUGGUUGUGCUUUAUUCCAACCUAUCUGAGCACCAAAGGAAAAUCCACGGUAGCUAUGGAGAUCUUCUCUAUCUUGGCCUCUAGUGCUGGUUUACUGGGUUGUAUUUUUUUCCCCAAAUGCUACAUCAUUGUGCUUAGACCUGAGUUGAACAGCAGGGAGCAGUUAAUAAGGAGAAAAAAAUAA